CGUGAGAAAUAAAUGGACGCCUCGAAUGCGCCCUUUUUCUUGUUCUCGUAGCUUCCUCUCGACCGGCACUGAGAGAGAGAGAGAGAGGAGUCGAGUGCUAUGGAGGGAGAGGAGAUAGGGCUGGUGCUGGCCCGAGCGUUGGAGCUCCGAGCCAAGAUCAGCAACUGCAUCGAUCGGAGCGGCGGCAAUGGCUGUGGCGGAGGAAUGGCGGCGGCGGCGGAGAAGGAGGAGGAGGAAGAAGAAGAGAAUCUCCUCAGUAUCCGCGAUGCCCUUGAGUCGCUAGAGCGGCAGCUCGCCGCCUUGCAGGCUCUGCAACAGCAACAAAGAUAUGAAACAGAAGCAACUCUAGCCCAGAUUGAUCACAGCCGAAUGGUAUUACUUAGCAAACUUAAGGAGUAUAAAGGGGAGGACUUGGAAGUGAUUCAUGAAGCGGCGGCCUUUGCUGGUGAAACUGUUGAGCAUGAUGACGGACUCGUCCUCCCUCCAUACCCAAGUCACCUGCCUGACUUAUUUGUUCUGGAUGAUCUCUAUCCUUCUUCAGACUUCACUAGUAAGUACAAGCAAUCUCAGAAGCAAAGCAUGGUUGAAUCAGAAAAGAACCAGAGCUCGCACCAGGGGAACCGAAACUCACCAAGAGGAAUAACAUAUCUCUUUGGAUUGGUAGCUAAAUCAUUGAUAACGUUUGCUAGUGUCAUAUCUAUUCUAAGAUUAGCUGGUUACAAGCCAAUGCCUAGAAAAGGAGACAUUCUGUUCAAGGUCCGGGAGUUGUUUAUCAAGCCGGCAUGCGAGGAAAGACAGAGUUCCCUUCAGUGCCCACCUGGGAAAGUUCUUGUGAUUGAGGACGGGAAGCCGCGUUGUCUUGUUAAAGAGCGAGUUGAAAUGCCAUUUGAGUUAGAUGUUACUGCUCCAAAAAUAAGUUAUGGAUUUGGAUGAGAGUGUUGCAUACCCCACUUGUAAAUUCUCUGGAUCAGUAGAUAGAAGUUCAUUUUGUUAUCUUAUGCCUCUUUAGUUGAUCUUCUUGGCAAGCAGAACUUUUUACUUUUCGCUUGGCCUUUAUCUGGUUGUUACGAGGCCCGGAGGGCUCUACUGUGAUUAUGUAUGCUGGAUUGUGAACU